AUGCCUCGCUCGCUCCAGCUCGUGCCCGUCGAGGGCGCCAAGCCCGGAAAGGUCUACUACCCGAUCCAGGUCAAGCAGGUCCCCAAACCCACGCCCGGCCCGCACGACGUCCUCGUCCGCAUGACCGCCGCCGCCCUCAACCACCGCGACCUCUUCAUCCGGCAGCACCUCUACCCCAACAUUGACCCCGCCAAGCCGCUCCUCGCCGACGGCUGCGGCGUCGUCGUCGAGGUUGGCUCCGCCGUCUCCAACCCCGAGUCCCUCCUGCACAAGCCCGUCAUCCUGACGCCUUCGCGCGGCUGGGACCGCGAUCCUCAAGGCCCCGAGGACCCCUCCAAGUUCGUCAUUGCCGGCAGCCAGCACGGCACCGACGCCGGCUGCGCGGCCGACUUCAUCCUCGCGCCCGCCUCCGAGGUCGAGCUCAUGCCGUCGCACCUCAGCCCCGUGGAGGCCGCCGCGCUGCCGCUCGUCGGCCUCACCGGCUGGCGCGCGCUCGUCACAAAGGCCGGCAUCGACGGCCCCGGCAAGAACGUGCUGAUUACCGGCAUCGGCGGCGGCGUCGCGCUGCAGGUCCUGCAGUUUGUCGUCGCCAUGGGCAGCAACGCGUACGUGACGUCGGGCGACCAGGCCAAGAUUGACAAGGCCGUCGCCAUGGGCGCCAAGGGCGGCGUCAGCUACAAGGAGCCCCGCUGGGGCAGCACCCUCAAGAAGACGCUGCUGCCCAAGGACCGGCCGUUUCUGGACGCCGUGAUUGACGGCGCGGGCGGGUCCGUCGUCAACGAGACGGCGUCGGUGCUACGCCACGGCGGCAUCAUUGCGCAGUACGGCAUGACGGUCAGCCCCAAGAUGGAGUGGCUGAUGAAGGCGGUGCUGGCGAAUAUCGAUCUCCGCGGAAGCACAAUGGGCUCGCGAAAGGAGUUUCGGGACAUGGUGGACUUCGUCAACAAGCACCAGAUCAAGCCCGUCGUGAGCCAGAGCAUUCGCGGCUUGGGGAACCUGGAGCAGAUUAAUGGGCUGUUUGACGUGAUGGCUGCGGGCAGCCAGUUUGGAAAGUUGGUGAUUGAGAUUGAUGACGAGGCAGCCAAGUUUUAG